AUGAGUGAGAGAGGAUAUGACAGUGAUGCACAGUGCAUUGCAACGCCGACUUAUGCCGACUUCUUGGGAAGGUCUCCCGCUAGCCGUGCACUUCGGCGAAUGGAGCUUAGUGAUCUAAUUGAGCAAAGUCAAGAGCGUUCAGAAGCUGAACGGUGGGCGCAGGCAAAUAAUCGAAAUGCGUCAGAGUCACAGGAGUCUGCCUUUGGUCUGCAUUUCAUCCCAACACCUCCCAGUACUCUUCGAGGGCCACCGACAGGAUUCCAUACUGCUCUCAAUUUCGAUGAAUCCAGAGUACAGCAAGCAGCUUCACCCAAAGAUGAACGGCCACAAGCCGACCCUGUCACGAACCCAAAUUUCGUGAGGUCACUGCCAUCCUUAUGUCCAACCCACCCAGAGCCUAGUGUUUCUCAUUCAGAACACUCGCCCGUCCUUAAUGUCUCCGAAACCAACAAUGGGCGAGAUCUGAUGACUGACUGGAAACAAUUCUUGAAAACUAGUCGCGAGCGGUAUGGCUUAGGGUACUUAGGAUCGUCGGGAUCACUUCCUGGCCCAUCAACAAACAUUGUGGUUUCCAAAACCAGGCAGCCCUCGAAUUCAGCCAGAUCUUUUACCGAUCCUCGCACAGUACAUCUGAGUGAAAUGGGUAUUUCUAAUCGACUUGCUUCUCACUCCCAGUCGUCCCAGGUCAUGUCAUGCAGCCCGUCGAUGGUCGACCUACUCCGAAAAAACAAACGUAGACUGUCGAUGGGCUCUUCGCAGGAGAAUAUUCAAUUUCGACCGAAGACCGAUCCUUCAACGCUUUCUGGGAGUCAAACACCAAACCAAGGAAUGGAUCAACGAGAUGCAUCCUCAUGUUACUCACAACGAAAUCCAUCUUCAGGGAGCGUGUCGCUUGGGGUCCACUCAGUUAAUAAACUCCCCAGUAUAGUUAUCAAUAAACCCUCCGAUAUGAAAAUGACGUUCUCAUCUGAAAGUGCAAGCGUCGAUAUUCCAGCUCCUCGGAACACAAUCAUGAGCAGAUUUCAAGAACAUUGUGAUUCUGACGAUUCUGGUACCCCACAAUUCCAAAGCCCACCCACUGGCCAUGUUCCUGCACGAAAAGUGAGCGUUGGUUGGAUGUCUGGAGGCCGCCGUGUAGGAUAUGGCUAUAAUAUGGUACCAGGUAAAGAGGCAAAUUCUCCGAAAAAGCAUGAGCAAAGUACUUCGCCUCCUCAAGUGAGCCAGGCACCCGCCGUGAAGGCGGAGUCCACAAAACUAAAUGACCCCCAGGGAUUAUCUGAAAGUCAUGUGCGCCUCGAAAAGGUUCGACAAACAUCAGCUCGGCAAUAUCAGGCUUCUCCAGCUAUCGAGCACUCGAAUAAUCUUGGGAAUGAGGCAGCCACGGUUCCAAUGUCCAUUCAAUCUGGAAAAUCCAACAACGGCUACUCAGUUCCGGCGUAUAUCAGGGCUAUUCUGAAUCAUUCCAGCCAGGAACAAAGCAGUAUUAAUGGCGUGGUCGAAGAAAGCGAGAGAAACUUUCGCGCCCUCGGGUUGGCAGCCACAGUACAACAAGAAUAUUGUCAGAUCCCGCAAAGCUCUCACUAUACAACCCAGGGACAAGACAUUGACAGCUUCGCCCGUCAAUGGGCAAGUCUUAGUCGAGCUGCUAACGCACAAGCAAAGGCACGGAAACAGAAGGCGGAUCUCGAGGCUAUUUCCCAUCAAGAGGCUUUGCAAGAUGGCGUUUUCUCAAUCCCUCGUUCAUAUGAAGCGGAGUUAGAAUAUUUCGGCACAAAUUACCACGGUGAAUACGAAGACCAAGCUCAUGAGCUACAACCUAAUCGCUCUCGCGCUGCACGGUGGGCACGCAGAUUCUCGCGGUUUAGAGAAACCAGAAGAGUCUCCAAUGUUCAUCAAAAAGAGCAGUCACAGGGUUCUUCCGGUCCGUAUCAGGAUUGUGAUUCGACGAGUAUCAGUGUCAAGCGGGCUGUAUCAACGAAGAGUAAUACGACGGAUGAUCCGGAUUGUCUUGAGAUGCCCGGCUCUUUUGAAGGAAGUCGUUGGGCAAGUCGAAUUAGUCGAAUGCUAUGA